CUCACGAAUUAUCUUUCCCUUUUUUUUUUACCUCCUCCUCCUCCUAUCUCUCGAUCAUUUUCUCUCUCUCUCUCUGUCUCUCGGAUCUCAGGGCCGAGCGAUUCCGCGGAGCAUCCGUCGUUUCCAAGGUCGGAUUCCGGCCGUUUCAGGGUUCGAUAUAUCGGAGCUCGGGCUUCUCCGACGGUGGCGGGGGGCGCGGAUAUGGGCGAGGAGGUGAGGAUGAGCGAAUACGGCGGCGGCGUCGACGAUCGGGUUUCCGAGUGGGAGGCCGGCCUCCCGGGCGCGGACGAUCUGGCGCCGCUCUCGCAGCCGCUGAUCUCGGCGGAGCUGGCGUCCGCGUUCAGCAUCACGCCGGAGCCGUCCAGGACCCUGCUCGACGUCAACCGCGCGUCGGAGAGCACGCUGGCGGGCCUGCGCGGCCACCGGUCGCUGUCCCAGGGGUUCUCAUCGAACAACGAGUUCAAGUCGUUCGCGGAGGAUCGGGACGCGGCGGUCGCCGAGGAGGCGGAGGCGGAGGGGGACGGGGACGGGGACGGGGACGGGGACGGCUCCGAUUCGAGGAAGAUGAGGAAGAUCGACUCCGCCGAGGAGGCGGAUUCGGCUAUGAGGACGGACAAUUCGGUGGAGGAUCCGUCGGCGAAGGCGAUGAAGAGGCCGCGAUUGGUGUGGACGCCUCAAUUGCACAAGCGGUUCGUGGAGGUGGUGGCGCACCUAGGGAUUAAGAACGCCGUGCCGAAGACAAUAAUGCAGCUGAUGAACGUGGAGGGAUUGACCCGCGAGAACGUCGCCAGUCACUUGCAGAAGUACAGGCUUUAUUUGAAGAGGAUGCAGGGGCUGUCCACCGAGGGCCCGUCCUCAUCGGAUCCGCUUUUCGCGUCGACCCCGGUGCCGCAGAGCUUGCACGAGACCACCGGAGGUGGAGGUGGGCAUGGGAACGGGCCCGCGGCGGUGCCGAUACCCAUGCCGAUGCCAUAUGUCGUGCCGCCUCAUAUGCCGAUGCCUGUAUAUGGGCAUAUGGGGAUGCAAAUGGCUAAUCCCCAGGGGUUUCAGUCGAAUCCGUACAUGUUACCGCAGAUGGACUGGUCGGGAAAUAGAUGUGGAUCGGUUGUAUCAUAUCCAAGCUCUGGUCCUAAUGAUAAGUGAUUGUAUUCCUGAAUUACAUGGCAUUGGUGGUUUGAGGUGAGCUUCUUGCUUUCAUCAGUUAUUCACUGUAGCAUCAAAUUUUGCCAUUGCUUAUGAUCGUGGCCCAUGUACUAGCUCUGUUUUGCCGGGCGAUUGUAGUGCUUUCUUUACAAAGAAGUGGAACUUGCGAUUCUUUUCCAUUAACAAGUGUUAAUUGUUUCUGCCA